GCGGCGGCGGGGAGGGGAGAGGCUCUGAGAGGCGAGGCCGGGUGAAGCGGCGAGGGCGGCCCGACGGGCGCGGGACGGGACGGGGCAGCGCGGGCGCCGGGAGCUGCGGCCCGGAGUCGGGGCGCCUCGCCCCGGGCCCCCCAGCAUGAAGACCCCGGCGGACACAGGCUUCGCCUUCCCCGACUGGGCCUAUAAGCCCGAGUCCUCGCCGGGCUCCAGGCAGAUCCAGCUGUGGCACUUUAUCCUGGAGCUGCUGCGCAAGGAGGAGUACCAGGGGGUCAUCGCCUGGCAGGGGGACUACGGGGAGUUCGUCAUCAAGGACCCGGAUGAGGUGGCUCGGCUCUGGGGCGUCCGCAAGUGCAAGCCCCAGAUGAACUACGACAAGCUGAGCCGGGCCCUGCGCUAUUACUAUAACAAACGCAUCCUGCACAAGACCAAGGGCAAACGGUUCACCUACAAGUUCAACUUCAACAAACUGGUGCUGGUCAAUUACCCCUUCAUCGAUGUGGGUUUGGCUGGCGGGGCGGUGCCCCAGAGUGCCCCACCUGUGCCCACGGGUGGCAGCCACUUCCGCUUCCCUCCCUCGACACCCUCCGAGGUGCUCUCCCCGACUGAGGACCCCCGCUCACCCCCUGCCUGCUCGUCAUCCUCCUCGUCCCUCUUCUCGGCUGUGGUGGCGCGCCGCCUGGGCCGGGGCUCGGUCAGCGACUGCAGCGAUGGCACUUCAGAACUGGAGGAGCCCUUGGGAGAGGACCCCCGGGCCCGCCCGCCAGGCCCCCCGGAACUGGGUGCCUUCCGAGGGCCUCCGCUGGCCCGCUUGCCCCAUGACCCUGGCAUCUUCCGCGUCUACCCCCGACCCCGGGGGGGUCCCGAGCCCCUCAGCCCCUUCCCUGUCUCGCCCCUGGCCGGGCCUGGCUCCUUGCUGCCCCCGCAGCUCUCGCCAGCUCUACCCAUGACGCCCACCCACCUGGCCUACACCCCCUCGCCCACGCUGAGCCCCAUGUACCCCAGCGGUGGUGGCGGCCCCAGUGGCUCAGGGGGGGGCUCCCACUUCUCCUUCAGCCCCGAGGACAUGAAGCGGUACCUGCAGGCCCACACCCAAAGCGUCUACAACUACCACCUCAGCCCCCGCGCCUUCCUGCACUACCCGGGGCUGGUGGUGCCCCAGCCCCAGCGCCCUGACAAGUGCCCACUGCCGCCCCUGGCCCCAGACACCCCGCCGGUCCCUUCCUCGGCCUCCUCCUCUUCCUCCUCCUCUUCCUCCCCCUUCAAGUUUAAGCUGCAGCCGCCCCCAUUGGGACGCCGGCAGCGGGCAUCUGGGGAGAAGGCCCCAGCAAGCGCUGACAAAAGUGGGGGCAGCGGCUCAGGCGGGAUGGCUGAGGGUGGGGGCACCCUGGCCCCACCGCCGCCUCCGCAGAUCAAGGUGGAGCCUAUCUCCGAAGGCGAGUCGGAGGAGGUGGAGGUGACUGACAUCAGUGACGAGGACGAAGAGGACGGGGAGGUGUUCAAGACGCCCCGCGCCCCGCCUGCGCCCACAAAGCCGGAGCCCGGGGAGGCCCCUGGAGCUGCACAGUGCAUGCCCCUCAAGCUGCGCUUUAAGCGGCGCUGGAGCGAAGACUGUCGCCUGGAGGGGGGCGGGGGCCCGGCCGGGGGCCUUGAGGAUGAGGGCGAGGACAAGAAGGUGCGUGGGGAGGGGCCCGGGGAGACCGGGGGGCCCCUCACCCCAAGGCGAGUGAGCUCCGACCUCCAGCACGCUACAGCCCAGCUCUCUCUGGAGCAUCGAGAUUCCUGAGGGCUGUGGGCCAGGGGACCCCUGUUACACCCCUCCCCAUGCUUCUUUUGCUGCCUUAACCCCCCCAAUAUCCCUGAGGUGAGGGCAGCCCUCUAGCCUCCUCCCUGCCCCCUCCUUUCCCAUUCCCCCUUGUUUUGUAUACAACUUUUCAUUUUUUUUUUAAAUGGUGUGGGUGGG